GUCAGCAUAUACAAAACACAAGAGCAUACGUGUACACAUCAUGUCAACAGUUACCAUCGAAUAGAGGUUAUACUGGACUCAGUGUGAAGACAAUUUCCUAAGCUCUGUAUCACUUUCGCAUUAGGGCAGUACUAUGUCUUCUGACGCCCCGACGGUCCUGGUCACUGGCGGUGCCGGCUUUGUGGGCUCACAUGCUGUUGUGGAACUGAUUAAUGCUGGAUACAAGGUCGUUAUUAUAGACAAUUUCUACAACGCAAACAUUGAAAGUGUUCAACGUAUGGAAUCAAUAUGUGGAACAACAAUCCCAUACCAUACUGUCGACAUCUGCGACAUAGUGGCACUUAACAAAAUCUUCGACGAAUAUAAGUUCCAUAGUGUGAUGCACUUCGCAGGAUUGAAGGCUGUCGGGGAAUCUGUGAAACUUCCUCUCCUCUAUUACAAAACCAACGUUGGCGGAACUCUGAACCUUUUGCAGGCAAUGCGUGAGCACGGUGUUUACAACUUGGUGUUUUCCAGUUCAACGACAGUGUACGGCCCACCCCAGCGUCUCCCUAUUGACGAGUAUCAUCCCAGAGGAACCUGUACCAAUCCAUACGGCAAAACAAAAUACUUUAUAGAGGAGAUACUAAUUGAUACUUGCAAGGCAGAGUCUCACUGGAACAUAAUCUUGCUGAGAUACUUCAACCCUGUUGGGGCUCAUUCCUCGGGUCUAAUAGGCGAAGACCCUAAAGGUGUGCCUCAUAAUCUGAUGCCGUUCAUAGCUCAGGUGGCAGUGGGACGUCAUAAGGAGCUCAAGGUUUUCGGGAAUGACUACGACACUCCGGACGGAACAGCUGUCAGAGAUUACAUUCACGUGGUCGACCUAGCCUUGGGACACGUGGCUGCCAUUAAGAAGAUAGAAGAAAAGUGUGGAUGUCAGGCUUACAACCUGGGAACGGGAGUAGGUUACUCUGUCCUGGAUGUGCUUAAAGCGUUCGAAAAGGCCGCUGGGAAACCUGUGCCCUACACGUUCGUUAAUCGCAGAGCGGGAGACGUCCCGGCAUGUUACGGGGAUCCCAGUAAAGCUGAAAAAGAGCUAGGGUGGAAAGCAACAAGGACGUUGGAUCAGAUGUGUGAAGACACUUGGAGAUGGCAGUCUAGCAACCCCUACGGAUUUCAGGUCGUUAACGGGAAAUGACGUCUUUCUUGGACUAACAAAGAGCUGGCAUAUUACCUGAAUGCAAGCGCAUGGUCGAUCCAUCAGCUCCUGAAGCUUGAAUAGCAAUUAAAAUAAC